AGCUCAUCUGCAUUAGCUGCGGCUGUUACUCUCCUUGAGCUCCCCGCGUCCCGCAUAAGAAGGCACAUUUCUUGGCAGGAUAGACCUAGAACAUACACACGUCACUUGGCAUUCUCACUAGUACCAUUCUCAGAAACUCCAGUUGACUGCAUCUACAUUUUCGAUAUACUAUUACUCCUUGACAUCAAUUACUAAAAACAACUGCCAAAAUGGUUCACCAACACGGCGACGAGCACCACAUUCCUAACGAGCACAAGCGUCACCGACCUGGUGCAUGGCUCCCCGCCGACCAUCGAGUUCAGCACGAAUGGCUCGGCCGCCAGGUCGAACAUGUCGACAAGCACGGCGCCAAGGACCUCAUCCCCGUCCUGCAGGAGUUCAAAGAGCUUAUCGAGGGCAACACACGCAUCUACAUGUACUUUACGGAGAUGUGGGAGGAAGUGCCGCGAAGGGCGCCAUACGACAAGGACCCUACAGGCAAGCGGCAGAUUCGCAACUACAAGCACAUGCUGAACAUGCUCAAUCAUGUGUUCACCAAGGCGCCGGAAUGGACUGAUGCCGCGGCCGGUGUGGGUAUGGUGGGUGUCCCUAUGGUUGCCAUCUUUGAUUAUGCUAUGGGUACUCCUAGUGGACAUGCUGCGUUUUUGGACCCGGAUGUCAACAAGAUGCUGAAGAAGGUGUUGAACGAAUGGGGCAAGUACCUGAAGUCACCUGAGUCGGCACAUGUGCUGGGUCACGACAGCGAGGGCUGGUUCGGCGACAGUGCCACCAAGGACAUCAUGUCCGUGGCCAAUGCACCCCUCAAGACCUCCCACAAAUUCGAAGACAUGUUCGUGUGUGACCCGCAAGCCAAGCACUACGGCUACAAGUCAUGGGAUGACUUUUUUACCCGCCCCCUCCGCGAAGGCGCCCGCCCCGUCGCCUCGUCCGAAGACGACAGCAUCAUCGCCAAUGCCUGCGAAUCUAAAGUGUACAAUGUGGAGCGCGACUGCAAGCUCCGCGACCGCUUCUGGAUCAAAGGCCAGCCCUACUCCGUCCUCGACAUGCUCGGCCACGACGCCCUGGCGCACAAAUUCUCCGGCGCCACCAUCUACCAGGCCUUCCUUUCCGCGCUCUCCUACCACCGCUGGCACACUCCCGUCUCGGGCAAGAUCGUCCGCGCCUUCGUCCGCGAUGGCACUUAUUUCAGCGAGCCCCUCUUCGAAGCGGGCAUUGAUGCCGCUGGACAGAAGGAUGGCGAUAUUGAUGUCAAAUCUAUUAGUGAUGCGCAGGGGUACUUGACGGCGCUGGCGACGCGCGCGGUUAUUUUCAUUGAGGCGGAUAAUAAGGAUAUUGGGCUGAUGGCGUUCAUUGGGGUUGGGAUGGAUGAGGUUAGCACGUGUGAGAUAACGGUUAAGGAGGGGGAUCAUAUCAAGAAGGGUGAUGAGUUGGGUAUGUUCCACUUUGGUGGGUCAUCGCAUUGUUUGUUGUUUAGGAAGGGGGUUAAGGUCGAUGGGUUCCCUGAUGUAGGGAGGGCGGAUAAUGUGCCGGUUCGGAGCCAAGUUGCGGUCGUGAAGAGUGGUUAAGUGCCCACAAGUAGGACGGCUCAAUGAUGGUCAAGCUUUAAGAAAAGACAUAUGUCAGGGGUCGAAGGCUCGAGUGCGAUUUGCGUUCAUCUUCUACCACCCGAAUCAGGUCUUCCAAACUUGGGCGGCCGAGAAACACUCAGAAUUUCAAGAGCCGUGCCUUUUCUUCGAUUCCUAGCUACGGGGAAAGGUUUAUACGAUAAUUCCAAACUUGCACAUGUAUGUUUCAAGUAGUCAGGGGACCUGGAGGCUUACAGGUGCCCGUCACAUCAGAGGUUACAUAUCCAUGUAGUCUGCGAGGCGAGUCUGAAGUGUACUACGCCAGUAUACCUGCGACAACAUUGAGGAUUGGCGAAUCAAUUCCUUGGAAUUCGGAUGUCCGACC